UAAAGGGCCACUCCAGCCCAAAAAUUUUUUCUGAGAUUUUUGCAGAAAUUGGUAGUUAGUCGAGAAAAAGAAGCUAUCGUGAAAUUUUUUUUCGAAAAGCUUAACUCGUUUUCCAGAUAUAGACGCUCAAAGUUGAGAAUCACCGUAAAAAUACGACAAAAUUUUUUUCGGAAAAAAGCACUUUGUGACGUGUGAAAGGGCUAUUGUUUCAACAUUCGGCGCUAUUGUUAUACGUUCGCACUGAAAUUCGCACGACUCGGUAGAGGCUCGGAAGAGGCGAUUCAUGUCGGAAUCUCGGUUGUCGUUUUAUUUAUUUUCCUUCAUUGCGAUUGAUGUUCAGCGGAGGCUUCCAGCCCACAUGGACUAGUAAUUCGACAAAUAAAAGAUGGAAGCUUCAACCUGAACGCAUACCCUCAUCUUGGCAACGCAGCAAGCUUUUUAAUAUGGAAUGCUUCACGAAUUUUCAGAUGUGAAUGGAUUUCUGACCGAAGGCAUUUCUUAUCGUCGUGUCAUCUCAGGGAUUUCCAGGGAGCUGAAUAAUAAUUGAUGUCUCACCGCAUUAGAAGAACCCCAUUCACAAGAUGGAAACUUUCCCGGAAGCCAAAAAGGAAGACGAUAACGAAGCAUGCAAUGUCAUUCGCUCUUUAGCCGAUAAAGUGGUCAAUAAAAACACCAAUAGGAGAAAGAAGAGUGACGGCGAAAAAAGAAGACCAGAAAACGAACUUGGAAAAGCCAUUUUUUGCAUCGUGUUUUCUUUCAUUGCUUUCUACAUACCAACAAGUAUUUUAUACUUGUGGAACAGUUUGUUGCCUACUGAACUAUCAUCAUCAACAAUGCAGUAUGUAAGAUUGUUGUUACACUGUAACUCUCCAUGUAAUGCUAUCAUCCUGCUGAGCUUUACCAGGGAUUUGAGAAGUUAUUUGAGGUCGCUACUUCCUCGACUGUAGUAUCGCAAUAUUUCCCACCUUUUCUUUCAUUUGCUUCCACAUAAAUGAAAUGUUUGAUAGUUUAACCUUAGUAAGAUGACGCAGUUAGUAGAGUAAAGUUUAACUAUAUCUAUAGCUAGAGAGAGGUCUAAACAUGUCUAGUAAGUGGCAUAAUGUUUUUCACUUAGUAACUGGUUUCUAUGGCUGGAUGUGGCAAGACUCCUUUUUAAUUAAGUCAUACGAUAUCUUUAAAACAAUAUUACAUGGGUUGAUGUGCAAAUAAACAACAUAUAUGAUCAUUUAAAGCAAUGUAUAAAAAACAUAAUUGCAUAUAAAGAUAUAACAUUGCAAUUCACAUUUCAACUUAGUCGACACCUGAUCUGCUGUGAUGUUGUAAAAAAGUUUUUAAAGAAUAUGAGAUAAAGCGACACUAGAUUGAGGAUGAUCGAUGUGGCCAAUAUAUGAAAGAUUUUCGCAGUCUAUGUUGGCACUUUUAGUUUACCAAAAUCUAGGAAUCUCCAAGAAUUUGUUACUUGAGUCCAAGAUCUAAAGUUUUAUAUUGGUUGGGUGGAGCGACUUGCAUCGAUGGACCAACGGCUAAUCAUCGAUACCUUGGCGCUUCCUAUCAUGAGAAAAUGCAGCAUUAAGAUCUGACUUGAUGAUGGGUGUCUUUUGAGAGAGCUAUUUUUAUGAAUUAAUGGUCUUCAUUUGUUGAUGCUUCUUCCCCGAGUAGGAAAUCAAGUUGAAUAAAAAAUAGGGCAGUCAUGGCACUGCUGAAAUGAACUUCAAAGUCAAAAAACAAGCUAAAUAAAAAGGGAUAAAACGUGCGAAAGAAGUUAGUUUCAAUAAUAAUCUCGCCAAAUGCCGUUACUAAUCCAAAAAGAGGAGAAACUUUUUAACGACUAUAAUUAUGAUAUAAUCGCAAUUUCAACUGCGAUUAACAGGCAGCUGUUGCGUUUACAGCGUGCACAGCUCUUGAUAUAUGGCAUUAAGCACUAUAUCGAUAUUCUAAGCUAUUAAACAAGAUUUAUCGAACCGUGACGAAUAAUGCUCCCAUGCCGUAUAGAAAUGGGAUUUUUGCAACCAUGGGUUCAAAAGGGGAUAGUUUCACUAUUCCCUACUUGAUGCUAUUAAAACCAUGAUAGAUUACUGUAAGUUAGAUUAUGUAGUCUGCUUGCAGCCUCAAUUUGUGUCAAUUUGUUCAAGCCAACUGCUUUUAACAUUUUGCAAGUUCUCGAAAAUAGGGAAACCAGUCAAGUCAGAACGCAAACUACUGUUUUGUGGACACACAGUGGCUUUCUGUUUGGAGGAGGUUCACUAGAGGUUCAUCAUAUUUCUUGAAAUGUUUUAUUGAAAUCAACUGACCAAGCAAUUGGCCUGUAUUCGCAAGAACAUGUAAAAAUCCAAAGAGCAGUUGGUUUUUGGUAAUUAAAAGAAUAUAUGAAAAAGGUGCAUUUGCUGUUUCUUCCGUACGUUUUUUAUCGAUAAGUGUCAUCAGGACAAUUGCGGGCUAUGCAAACGCUUUGAACAGCGGUAGCAAAGCCAAACAUAAAGCAAAUAUGCGUUGUUUUUCAAUACUAAAGCUAAAGCUUAAUGCAAAUAUCUAUAUAUUCAAUUUCUAUUUGUAGGGGAAAAGUUCCAUUAGAAACAUCAUACUUAUAGAAUUCGGUAGUUUUUUAAUUAAACAUUCAAAAAUCAUUGCAUACCUGCUUUUGGAGGAAGGAAAAUACCACAUCUUUAAUAUAAAAACAAAUAAGAAAAUUCGCUUCUCUUGUAAAAGAGACUACUCUUUUCGGCUUUCAAUUAAACACAAGUAUGCUAACUUCUUCAUCAAAUUGAUUAUAUCAAAAAAAGCGUCUUGUUAAACUCAUGUGAAGAAAAAGCGAAUUGGGUGUAGGAAAAAUUGGAUACAAGCAUUAGUAUUUACCUCUUUAGAAUUGCUCUGAAAGUUCUGGAACUACCAAACAAGAUUAUGUCUUGCAGUUAACCGGUGAGUGGCUUUUUAGAUACAACCAGCAAAACAGAUCAAUCUCCAAACCAAAGAUGGCGCUGUACACCGGUCUCGCAAUUAUGAUUGACAUCUCAAAUGUGGUUGUCAACUUCUGUCUUGCAUUUGUACUGAAGAAGCUCGACAAACUCAGAAUCGCCUCUUAUUGGUUUAUUUUCUGGCUGAGUUUGUCAGAUUUUUCUGUGGGCAUGACAGGGUUAUACUACGACAUUAGAAUUCCUGUAAAGACUGUACAUGAAAGAAAUUACUCAGAAUAUAAAGCUAUGUUUUUCUUCCUUCAAAGUUCUGGUUUUCUUACAACAACCAUAGCGGUAGAUAGAUGCUUUCAUAUGAAGAUGCUGAACAAGUAUUCGAUUUUUAUGACAAGAAGAAAAUGUUACAGUAUACUGCUUUUCAACAUCCUACUUUCUGCUAGCUUCAGUGCGAUGUUUCUUCUCUGUCCGCCAUUUUUCGUCUCAAUCUAUCUAGGUGCAUUUUUUUUUUCUUUGAUAAUUUACAUACGGACAUAUACUCUUGUGAAAAACAGAGUAUUUAAAGCUGAUGCAAAAUCGGAACAUUGGGAAAAAGGUCAGAAUUAUCGGUCUUCGCGUUGCUGUAUAGAGAAGUUUAAUCCUAACAAUGUAACUGCGAAGGAAAAUUUUAUUGGUUCCAAUCAAGCAGCCAAACUUCAAGAUACUCAAAGCAAUGACGAUGAGUGUAAAGUUACACCUUUGCAAAGUGACAACCUUGAAAGAAAAUCUACUGCUAGCACGGAGGCGAAAAAGUCAGAAGAUAACGAAACAGACAUUGCGAAUCAUUCUACAGCGAAUAAGGUUGUGAUCAAAAUCACCUGCCCUGGAGAAAGAAAUAAAGACGAACGAAGAAGACCAGAAAAUGAGCUUGGAAAAGCCAUUAUUUGCCUUCUCUGUGGUUACAGUGUCUUUUAUAUACCAAUGUGUAUUAUAAAUUUGUAUAAUUAUUGGUCGCCUGGUGCAUUUUCAUUGUCAACAUUGGUACAUUUGAGACUGCUACUAAAUUGCAACUGUUCGUUUAAUGCUAUCAUAUUGCUAAGCUUUAGUACAGAGUUGAGAAACUAUUUUAAAACACAGCUCACUCAAUCGAUUACCUAUGUUGAUAAUUUGAUAUUUCCUUAAACCCUUAAACCCUACUUAAAGACACUAUAUAUCCCGGCUCUUUUUAUUCCCAUUGGUUAGACUAUACAAUCUACCUAUUGUUAUGGAACCAAUCGGCUAACCCUCCAUGUUUUCUCGAUUGUAAGCACGCUUAUUACCAACUCUGAAUGGUUGUCGGACGGGAUAUAGUGCCUUUGGAAUUAUUAGCCUGCAUUUUGUAUUUGUCUUUAAUUUAAAGAUGUUCAAAAUAGUAUGUUAUUGAGCAUAUUUGGUUAUCUUUAACUGAAAGAUCAAAGCAAACUUUGGCAACAUGUGCUGGGUUGACUUUUAAAAGUAUUGCAUCAUAACUACACACAAAGUCAAUGUUAUUGCUUGCACAUCGAUUAAUACCAUGUGGUAGAAAACACUUGUGCCACUGAUUGGAACAAACCAAUCUCUAAUAAAAAGACGAAUAAAACUUCGAGAAAAUGGAGUCAAGAGAAGAUUGAGAACGAAACUCCAGUUUAUUUGAUGCAAAUAUGAAAUAUGAUAGUUUUGAUUAAGUGCUUCAAGCAGGCACAAGACAAAGAUUUUGCCUCUGCCCUAAGGCGCAUGCCCAUUUAAUGCACUUUCUCAUUGGUUCAAACAAAUGGAUAGAACAAUAGUCGAGAACAAUAGUAACUAAGACUCGUCUCCCGAACAAGUAUCUGAAAGCUUUUAACUGAGAAAAUACUUUAACAUUAUAUUUUCAAAGGGAGUACUUGAAAAUAAUUCGAUAUCGAUCUUGUGUUAUAUUAUUGGGUCUUAAAAAUAAUUAGCAAGUUUUGUGAUUCAAGUCUUGCGUGAUCGUGUCCUCUUUUGAUUCAAUUCCUUUUUGAUUAUCAGACGUGAAAAAUUGAAAUUUGUUUAAUGAAUGCACAUAAGACCGAAAAAGAAAAUCCAAUACUACUAUUUUUUAGGAAAUCUGCUCAUGAAACAAAAAACUUCUACUAUUUACAAUCUUACUUCAUUUCCGAAUUUUUCAAAAAAAUUUUUUCCUGUUAUUUCUUUGACCAAUGAUAACAUGAUGAGCCAAAAUAAUUUUGCUGAACGUCACUUGUCUCAUUCCACUAGCAGUGGCGGAUCCAGCCAAAAGUCUGACUACCGCCGAAAUGAGAUAGAGGAUCGACUACACCCUUUAUACCACACCCAUUUCCUGGUCACACCCUGUUUUCUAAAAUGAUUAUUAUUUACUGUAAUUUCGUAUGUAGACCAUUUUCAAGACAUGAGCCGUGCUUUAGUGAAAUUUCAAGUAUCCUUACAACAACCUUCAGAAGGAACAAAUAAUCUUAUUUAAUAUUCUGAGGAUGGAUAUUCUAAAAAUAUUUAACGCAUUUAGCCGAGGAACACCAUAGAAUAAGAAAAAAAGAUACAUUUGGCAGAGUUUUGAAAUGUCGCCUAAAACUCGCAUUAAAGGCAUUUGACAUGCAUAAGUACAGCGAAUCCAAAAAUAACUCGAUCAGAGCACGCGCGUUUGAAAGGAAUUUGAAACUACUCACGUGAAACCACCCUAGCGUCUCGCCGAUUGGCAGAAAGGCGGAAAUUGUUCACAUGUUUUUCUCUGAGCGUAAUUCAAUUGGUCAACACAUGAGGGUCAAGUGGCUGUAAGCGCUGUGUCGAAUGCCUUUAAGUCGCACAAUUACUUAUGAAAAUCAGACCUGUUGGAAAUUAUAAGUUUAAAGACUCAUUGAUAACAAUGGGCCUUUGCGAGCGUGGCGACGAUCCAAACAAUGGCAGUAAACUUCUACGGAUUAACCAAAAUUGAUUUCAGACUGUCUAAAAAUGCAUUAUGGGAUGCUUGCGAAGCGCAAUGGCUCAUUGUUAGCAAUGACUCUUUAAAAAGCCAGAUAAAAUUUGCAAUUUUUGAGAGCAACUUUUGUUAAACAAAGAAUAAUAUUCUUGGCGAGCUUUGUGGGCCUGACUUUUAGUCCUGGUGUCUUUUUAAAUUUUAGAAUAUUUGAGUCUUAAUAUUCUUAUAAAAUAUAUUCCUACCAAUAUUUAUGUAUUGUACGAAGUAAUGGUUAUUUCUGUCUCUGUGUCAAGAUUAAAAAGGAUUAAAAGUAUUUCUGUCUCUGUGGCAAUUCCAGGCAUGUUUCUAGGAAGGAAUGCUUGGUUUGCAGCGAUAUCAAAUAUUUUCAAUUUUUAACUUUGGUUUAUUUAAUGUAGUAGGAUAAACAUGAAAAUGAUCCUUGUUUUUAUAAUUUUUUUAAUAAUCUGACUACCUCUCGCGCGGUAAUGGCGGUAGUCUGUUUUCGCCACUGACUAGGAAGUUAUGCUAACUUGACAAAAUCAAACUCUUAAAAUGGUCCCGUUCUUUUUACAAUUGGCAAAAACAAAGGAAUACAAAUAUAUGAAAAUGUUUAGUUAGAGAGAGAUUUGAUUGUCAGAGAUAGCCGUAUUUGUUGUAUCUGCUGUUCAAAUAGAUUAGUGGAAAGUAAUACGAAGCAGUGAUUAGUGCUUUGUAUAUGUGGUAUGGUUGUCGUGAAUAUCCACUGAUUGUCGCAAUUGUUGUUAGUGUUAUAGUUUUGAAUACAUAAUACUCUUCUUGAUUACUUCUUGGUUGGAAAACCGAAGAGCAACCACCUAGAUUUACCAAAAGGCAUUCCUUGCUACUGAAUGAUCUCUCCUUUAACCCAACUAUUGUAUUUAUUAAGAUAUUUUAAAUUCAUAUAGUUCUAUUUUUGCAAAUGGAGUCUUCUUCGGUUCAAAUUGUGUAAAGGUGGUUAUUUUACGCAAUAUGUGUAAAGGUGGUUAUUUAUGAACUUUUAAUAAGGCCUUUUAAUGCUUAAGCACAUGAAAAAAUAUAUUUAUCUUGUCCCUUUAAGCAGGAAUUUUAAUUAACCAUACCUUUUAAAGUGCAAACCUGCCUUUGGUUACUGUUGACCAUCAUUCUAGUUUGUAGAUUAUUGACGUAGUAAGGCAUGUUGCACGUCGGUAAAUAAUGAGCAAAAACUUAUACAAUUUUAUA